CCCUUCGCUUUGCGCAGGGUCGGAGACGGAGUGGCGGUGCCUGGCUGGAGCGUAACCGAGAGCGCGAGAGCGGCUCAUUGAAGGUACACAGCGUCCAGCUAGCAUCAUGGGUGAUCAAGCUUUGAGCUUCGUGAAGGAUUUCCUGGCAGGUGGCAUCGCCGCUGCCGUCUCCAAGACUGCGGUCGCCCCCAUCGAGAGGGUGAAGCUAUUACUGCAGGUCCAGCAUGCCAGCAAACAGAUCAGUGCUGAGAAGCAGUACAAAGGGAUCAUUGAUUGUGUGGUGAGAAUCCCCAAGGAGCAGGGCUUUCUCUCCUUCUGGAGGGGUAACCUGGCCAAUGUGAUCCGUUACUUCCCCACCCAAGCUCUCAACUUCGCCUUCAAGGACAAGUACAAGCAAAUCUUCCUGGGGGGCGUGGAUCGUCAUAAGCAGUUCUGGCGCUACUUUGCUGGUAACCUGGCUUCCGGUGGGGCAGCUGGGGCCACCUCCCUCUGCUUUGUCUACCCGCUGGACUUUGCUAGGACCAGGUUGGCUGCAGACGUGGGCAAGGGUGCUUCUCAGCGUGAGUUCAGUGGUCUAGGCGACUGUCUUAGCAAGAUCUUCAAGUCUGAUGGUCUGAAGGGUCUCUACCAAGGUUUCAGCGUGUCCGUCCAGGGCAUCAUUAUCUACAGGGCUGCCUACUUCGGAGUCUAUGACACUGCCAAGGGGAUGCUGCCUGACCCCAAGAAUGUGCACAUUUUCGUGAGCUGGAUGAUUGCACAGAGCGUGACAGCGGUCGCGGGCCUGGUGUCCUACCCCUUUGACACUGUUCGUCGUAGGAUGAUGAUGCAGUCUGGUCGGAAAGGGGCUGAUAUUAUGUAUUCUGGGACACUUGACUGCUGGAGGAAGAUUGCAAAAGAUGAAGGAGCCAAUGCUUUCUUCAAAGGAGCCUGGUCCAAUGUACUGAGAGGCAUGGGCGGUGCUUUUGUAUUGGUAUUGUAUGAUGAAAUCAAGAAAUAUGUCUGAUGUAAUUAAAACCCAUGUUCACUGGUU